AUGGCUAUAGGGAAAUGGAAUCCUUUUGGUCAACCUGUGUUACAAACCACUAGCGACCAUCCAGUCCCGCAACCGUUGCCAAUCCCUUGCGCCGAUGGAAAGCAGUUUGGUCUAGAGAAUUUUGGCAACACCUGUUAUGCCAACUCUGUUCUACAGGCUCUAUAUUUUUGCAGUCCCUUUCGAGAUCUCGUAAUUCAGCAUGCAGAUCCGUGCAUCGCUAUCCAAGCAGCUCUAUCCUCGCAGUUCGCUCCCACUGCCGCUCCCGCUUCCCCCGCAGCCGCCGCUCGUUCGAAACAAACAGAGCGCCAGUCUGUACAAGAAUCUCCCCCAAAAACCGGUAUCGUAAACCCUCCAACACCACCGAUCCCCUCAUCACCACGGACCUUGGUGUCUGCACUUCGCUCCUUGUACAUUCACAUCUCGCAGAACCCAGCUGACAAAGGCACCGUUGCCCCCCGAGCAUUCAUAGACAAACUCAAAGAAUUAAAUGAGGCGUUUAGAAAUACAAUGCACCAGGAUGCGCACGAAUUCUUAAACUACCUCCUCAACAAGAUUGUUGAGGAAAUAGAAGAAGAGAAGAAGUUCCUGCCGGUUCCUCUCGACGAUUCGGAUCAUUCAGUCAAAUCAUCAUCUACAACCUCGCAACCGUUGGUAAUGACAGCAAGCACGUCGAGCUCAGGCAAUCCGUCGACGGGGUCUACAUUUAUUCACCAGAUAUUCGAAGGUACACUGACUAGCGAAACUCGAUGUUUAACAUGCGAGAAUGUAUCUUCACGUGACGAAUCGUUUUUGGACCUCUCCAUAGAUAUCGAACAGAACUCGAGCGUGACAGCAUGUCUUCGACAAUUCAGCGCUAGUGAAAUGCUCUGCCAGCGAAACAAGUUUUUCUGCGACGGAUGUUGCGACCUCCAGGAAGCGGAAAAGAGGAUGAAGAUAAAGCGACUGCCCAAUGUUCUCGCUCUACAUCUCAAGCGCUUCAAGUAUCAAGAAGAUGUACAAAAGUACAUCAAGCUGGCUUAUCGCGUUGCAUUUCCCUUCGAGCUCCGCUUGUUCAACACUGUUGAUGAUGCUGAGAACCCUGAUCGACUGUAUGAACUCUUCGCCAUAGUAGUUCACAUCGGAAACGGGCCAAACCAUGGUCACUAUGUCAGCAUCAUCAAGACGUUGGGUUCCUGGCUUGUAUUUGACGAUGAAACGGUGGAGUCGAUCAAAGAAUCCGACAUACCCAAGUACUUCGGCGAAUCCAAUUCGGGUUCCGCCUAUGUGCUCUACUACCAAGCUGUGGAUCUAGACCUUGUCGCUCUUGAUUUGUGUCCGACAAGUCCACAUGUUCCUGAGGAACAUUUACAUCAACGACUCCCUACAGAUUCUCCUGCAUCGCUUUCAGAACCUAUACCAUUGCCUCCCGGGUUGUCUGCAGAACCUGCAGAGGCAGAAAAUGCUGAGACUGCGCCUAUACUACCCCCACCAUCUUUACCCAUGAAUAUUCCCGUUUCUCCUACUGAGAGACCAUUGCGGAAAAUCCCCUCGGAAUUUAUGAAACCUAGCCCUCCCCCAGUACCUCCGUAUCAUGCAACAGUCGGUCGUGGCUCGUCACUGAAGCCAUCCUCGCCCGCUCGUAAUGGCAUACUCAAACAUGUCCCCUCACUAAAGAUUGGUUUAGACAAGCGUGACACGGCUGCAAAAUCCACUGCUCCCUUCCCCAGGUCCGAGCCAUCAGAUCCGCUGCCACCUGUUCUGCCUGACCCUGCUCUACGGAGUCCGAAUGGCAAGGAAAAGGAAACAGAGAAGAAGAGCACCUACUGGUUCCGAAGGAAAAGCCUUAGAUCGGGAGGGAAAGCACGUCCAACCUCGGAAGCUGAGCCAAAUAAUAUGCCAUUGCCUCCUGUCGUGCCCUUGGAUACGUCGUCAUCUCCAUCGAGGUUCCACACUACUGGGUUGACAUCGAGGCAUUCCAAGGAUAAUGAUUCUGGACAUCUGUCGGAGUCGGCAGGUCUUGAUCGUCCUGUAGCGCCUUUUAUGGUUCAUCGCCGCCCUUCGUCUGCUUCCGGCCCUGUUCGGGCAUCAUCGCAUAGUACGAGCAGUCGACGAGAUGCUUCGAGCUCGCCUUCCAUCUCAGCCACUACAUCAUAUUCUUCACACACUACAAGCACUUCGUCAUCGACAUCUCCUGACCAUCACCCACACACCACUCGCCCCUUGCCAAUGAUACCUACUCCUCUGCAAAACUCAAGUAUAGCACAAUCCCCUCCUUCAGUUUAUCCUCGAGGCCACUCAUCUGAGUACACACGACCGCACAAACGGCCAACGGCGUCACCUCAUGACUUGGAGCCACCAAGAUCACCUAAAUCCCCAGCUCGGCCGACGACUGCAGGUGCUACGCUUGGUUCACGCUCCUCUACAACUAUACUUCGGGACCAUAAUCUUCCUCCAUUGCCAGGUGCUGUAGGUGGUCUACCCAACGGGACAUUGCCCAUGACACUACCUCGUUCGGACAAGGGCGAGACGCAGGCGAAAAGUAAGCUGUACGAGGAAGGUGCGACGGGCUUGCCUAAACGGCCAAAGUCAACACGUGCAUCUACCGCCCUGGAGGCAGUUUCACCAUCUAGCGCUUCCACUAAUACCACUAGUGCUAUGAAGCGGGCGAGUCGGAAGUUGAGCUUCACCGCAUCAUUCCAGUUUGGCCGCAAGGAUAAGCAGCGCUAG